AUGGCCCCUACCAAGCAAAAAGUCCACACAUCUACCGGCGGCAAGACUCCUCAGAAGCAGCUGGCGAUGAAGACUGCUCGUAAGUCUGUUCCGACGACCGACGAAGUGAAGAAGCCCCACAAGUUCAGGUCGGGACUUGUGCCUCUUCAAUUAGUGUCUUGUCUGGUACCUUCGAAACACGACGUCCUUCGCCUCCUGAACCAUGCACCACCACAGCUAUCCCUCACCCCUAUUCUGGAACCACUGUGCGCGUCAUCCAAAUUCUCCACUUAA